GCUAGUACUGAACAAGCUAUUAAGAGAAAAACAUAUUAAAGACACAAUGCCGCAAUCUAUUCUGUUUUUAUGUCCAUUUAGCUUACCAAAGCAAAUUCUUAUUCUCUCGGUUGCCAUUCAAACUAUUUAG